AUGUCUUCGAAUAUUGAUUGUGGCAGUACAAUGGACUCUUUUGAAAUUUCUAUGAAACUUUCGGACUCUAUUUACAAUGAAGAAGAUAACCAAUUUAGAAUGGAGGAGGACGUAAUUCCAGAUUAUGUUUUCCCCCAGGAAAGUGAGAAUAAUUACAACGAAAUAACUGGUUCAGAUAAUUUAUACAACCAGAACUAUUAUGAAAAUAGCAACUAUAUCGAUGAUGUAAAUAUGACUUACUUGAAUUCAAAUUUCAAUGAAGGCAAUAAUACCAAAAUUUCUACCAAAAAGAAGCGUUCAAGCUUGUCAAGUAAUGUGAGUGAGGGAGGAGGGUUUAAGCUUAGACAUGAGUUAACAUCCGAAGAUAAUAUUCCAGAAGAGGUAACAUUAAGCGGAGACUACGGUAUAACUUAUAGAUAUAUUGCGGAGUUUUCUAUUUAUAACAACAAACUUUCUAGGAUGAUGCCAUUGGACUGUUUACCAAACAAAUUUGAAAGUAUCUACUUUAUGAAUGAGGAGGGAACCCUUGAUUCUUUUGUAAAAGUAGGAGAUUCCGAAAUAAAUGGUGGUUUAAAUGAGGUAGGCACGGAAAAACCAGCUGAAGAUCAGAGUUGUGAAGAACUUACUCUUAUUGGCACUUUAAUCCCAUAUGAAUACAUUCUCAACUACGAGAAAGAAAAGACUACAAUUCUUAAAGACAAUUUUAGGAAGUUACAGAGAGUCCGUCAAAAGGGUGGAGGAAGUUACAAACCAAAGAAGAUUAAGGAAAUACCAAAAUCCAUUUUAAAGCAGUCAGAAUUAAAGACCUUCCAAAUUACUUGCAGAAUCCAUUCUUGGACUAUUGAGUUUGGAGGUAAUUUAUUCGAUACCCCGUAUAUUUGGGUUAAUAGUAUGUCUGAAAAUGGAAGUUCAAAAACAUGUUAUAGGUUAUGCUGGCCAGCAAGUAAAUAUGCAAAAUUGUUUUCGUCUGCGAAAAUUAAAUUUGAAGUUAUUUCAAGAUUGAUAAAGACUUUAACUUCCCCUAAUUCAAAUAGAAUAGGAUACAAGACCUUCCUUGACCAAGUUACUGGAAAGGUUGUUGAAAAGUCUGCAAAGUCUAUCCCUAAACAACCAACUGAAGAGCAGGAUUCUGAACAGAUUCCUGAAAUUAACUCGGACCCAGCUAGCGAAACAUCAAGUCCAUCUAAGAAGGCUAAUAAAGAUGCCAACCUUGUUAGUGAUCAACCUACAACUACAUGGGGAGAACCCGUAUUUGUAGUAGGAUUAUCUGAGAAAGAAGUUUUAUUAAUGUUUCCCUUUAUAGAGUUUUACUUACAAAGUUACUCUAAAAAGUACAAUUUAUCAAAAACUUUGGGACAUCAGAUAAUUACUUCAAUGAAGAACAAGCUUACAAAGAUGAUUUUGAGUGAGGAUUCUACUUUAGAUGAGAACUAUAUUAGUUCGAAUAUUAAUAGUUUGUUGCAAAAUAAUGAACUUUCAGAAAAGAUUUUCAGUAAUAAUAAAUUACAGUCUAGUUCAGGAGCUAGUACAACAACCAAUGUUAAUCCAAAAAAAAGACGAAGCUCUACAAAUAAAAGCGAAGAUUUUCUCAAAUUUACUCUAGUUAAGUUCAGAAAUUUCACAGAAAGCUUUGGGACUUGUCAGAAAAUACUCAAGAUUUCAGAUUUCUGUAAUUCGUUUGGAGACUUCCUGGAAUUACCUAUUUAUUCAAGCUCAUUACUUAGUAUUCAAUCAUUCCAAUCAAAAAGCUUUGUUUUGGAGAAGUCCAGAUGUAUUUCAUUGGAAAUUUUAAAUCAGAUAUAUUUCGAAUUUAACAAAGUUAUUGGAAAACUAAAAGAAGAAAAAGCUUCCGGCCUGAUUAGUCAGCAAGGGAUUUGUAGUCUGAUUGAAGUGAUUCAAGUUUUUCCUCAAAGCACAUUAUUUUCAACAAUAAAAAGUCUUGUUAAUGCUAUUUCUGAGAGAGUUUUUAAUACUAAAAAAAAUAAUCCGGAUGAUUCUAACCAAGUAGGAAAGAUUAAUUCAAGCAUCAAGAGAAGUUACUCUUCAAUUAGAAAUGAUUCAGAACAUUCCGAUUCAGAAAAUGAUUCCAAGAAUAAUGAAUCCAAGCUCAAGUUUUUAGAUAAUUUUAAUGUUUCAAGAUCAGUUAUAGAUAGUGUUUCUUGGCCCGUGGUCCUAGACAAAAUCCUUGCAAAGAUGAAUGAAUCCAGUAUAAGUGAUUUCGGCGAUUACUUGGAUGAAAAUUCUUUUGAUGAUUAUAAUAAUGGUGAAAACCUAUUGGUAGAUGAGACUAAAGUGGAAGUUAAUGGUAUUACAGCAGAUCAAAAUUCACCAACACAAUUAAAAAAACAAGAAAAAAACAAUUAUUGUACUUUAGAUAGUGAAUCAUUCUUUGAAAUAUUGAAUUGGUCUAUUGAUACUCUUGGAGAUGGAAAGAUAGGAAAAGAAUUUUUUGAAAAUGUAUAUAACAGUCAAAAGAAAAAGAACAAUAUUGGAAGAAAUGAUCAUUUUAUAGGGGUUGACCGAUUUUCUAACAAAUACUUUUUGUUUAAUAAUGUAAAUACUCAAAAUACCUUAAAUAAAUCGGUUUUGAUUGUUCCAAGUUGCAUGGAUAGUCUUAAUAACAAUUUCAUCAGUCAUCCAACUCCAUGUAAUAAUCCUUUAUGUACUUUAUCAAUUGAAGGAAACUCCCCUUAUAAUCUUACUUCUACUCCAGAGAUUGCCGAGAUUCACAACUUUCUGAAAUUGAAAACAUUGGGAACAAAUUCAUCUUCUAAAUCUAUAAUUAAGUCUUCUGAGCCUAACUAUAAGUUUGUGAGUAAGAAGAAGGAAAUAGAAAGCUUAAUCAAUUCUCUUUGUGAAGAUCACUUUUGUGAAUUUCAGUUAAAGUUGAAAUUAAAAAGUACAUUCCACGGAAAAGAGUUAGAGCAUGAAAUAUUCAAUACUACCAAGUAUGUGCAGGAAUCUAUUGGACAGAAUAAACCAGUUUUUGUUCCUUUUAACAUAUCAUUGAUCAAAAUGGAUUUGGAAAAGCAAUUCUUUUACUUUUCAGCACUCAACAUAAUAAAAGAAAUUUCAAUGAUUUAUCUUAAAAUCACAUUUCCUAUGAUUGUUUGUGUUCUGAAUGAUAGUCAAACUCAUUUUUCUAUUUUAGACAAAAUGUUCGAUUUAUCCACACAGGUAUUUGACCAAUUUAUUAAAGGAGUGGAUGUUACUUACUACUCGUCUCAAGAAACUUUCAAGAAAAUAACUAUUUUAAUCAAGACAGUUUGCGAAACCACAAUGGAUUCCCUACACAUUUUUGGUGUACAAAUUGACAAGCAGAUCUCUCAGAAUUAUUCUAACUGGAUAAGAGAGUUGGAAGCUUUAGGUGGUAUUGAACCACCCGAGGAUGAAACUCACAUUCCUUUGGGAGACAUUAUUUCAUCAUCUUUCAAUAAAAGAAUCUCAGCAAUAGCAGUUUAUUUAAAAAUAUGGAUGCAAAGUAUUGUUCCUGAGGAUUUAAUCACUAUUUCUUCAGGAGGAAAUGUUGGUUCAAAUUCAAAUCAGGACUCAAUUCUGUCCCCAAGUAAUGGUUUUAUUUAUAGCAAAGAAGAAUUCAUAUCCAUAAUUGGCAAAAACUAUGAAAAACAGCUUGAGAGUCUUGAGAAGCAAAUUCCUAAGCAGAUGGAUCAGUUAUAUUAUUUCAAAUCUGGGCAUUUUCUGGUUAACCUUUGUUGGAUGAAUUCAAUUUUGACCAAGAAUAGGAAGGCUAAUACUGCAAUGCUUAAAUUAAUUGAGCAAUUUACCGAAAUCCCAGACCAUAUGGCAAAUAUAGAGAAAAUCAAAGUUAUGAAUAUCUGUUAUAAUGUAGGAAAUUUAAUUAACAAUCAACUUUCUGAUCUUAACUCUAACAACAUCCAAGAAGAAAGUGAAGUCACUAUUUCUCCGUUUAUUCUGAUUAAUUGUCAAGUUAAUUCUCGUCAAAACUCAUCCUGUGCAGAUGAAGUUGUUGAAUUGGUAGACAAAUUGAAAGAAAGCUUUGAAAACAUUCAACAAUUAAACAUUGAAUGUUUUUCGAGGAAGAGGACUUCAAAUCGAAUCAAAAAUAACAAUCUUUCUAACUCUUACAGAGAUGCUAUGAUUGCAGAUUCUACUUUUACUAUUGCUGAGUCCCGUGAGACAUUUAUUAAAAAGAAUUUAAAUUACGAUAAAGAAUCUCAAAAUGAGACUCGAUAUAUAUCUCUAAUUCUACCAUUAAAUUUGGGUGGGCAAAACAGUGGACUUCCUGCUGGGAGAUUAAGCCAUUUACAAAGAAGGAGCUUUGAAAUCUUUAAUUUCAAACCAACUACUCCCUUUUAUAUAAUUAAAGAGGAUGUUUUUAAAUCUUCCAUUAAAGAUAUCACAGAAAGAAACACUUUUAAGAUUAGUUACAAUCUUGGAGAAAAGUCACAUAAUGGAUAUAUCAGAAGAAUUAUCAUUGAGGAUUAUGACGUUUGGGAUUGCAUGAUAGUUGAAAGCGACGAUUCAAAGAAAAACAAAGACAGUGUCUUGGUUUGUUUAAACUUGUGGCAAAUAAUCCCUAAUUAA